AUGCAGAAAUACCUCUCUCGGUCGGUACGGACAGCGCAACUAGGUCAAUGCUGGAAUAACGCCGUCAGUGUUAGACGGUUUGCGACACAUGAGAACCAGACUCAGAUCCUCGGCGUGAACUAUGGCAAACAAAUCCAUAACCUUGAUGCGUUGAAGCAGGGCUCCAAACGACCCUUGACUCUGACCGAGAAACUGCUCUACAGCCACCUCAUAACAACCGACCGCGCCUGGUCGCUAGAAGCAAUAGAGCGAGGAGAGACAAUCUUGGGACUACGGCCAGAUCGCGUUGCUUGUCACGAUGCUACUGCAACCAUGGCCUUGUUGCAGUUUAUCAGCGCAGGGCUUCCAAGAGUUGCAGUACCAACAACGGUCCACAGUGACCACUUGAUUAUAUCAGAAAAGGGCGCAGAUGAGGACAUGCAACGGGCUCUUGGUGAGCACGCAGAAGUGUAUGACUUCUUGAGCAGCGCUUCUAAGAAGUAUGGGAUUGGGUUUUGGAAGCCGGGGUCGGGAAUCAUUCAUACAGUUAUUUUUGAGAAUUAUGCUCUGUAUGUUCUGGCUACUCUCGCCUGUGAUGACUCCUGGGAAAAAGCUGACUCCGUCUGUUCAGACCAGGCGGUUUAG